AUGCCCUCCCGAGCAAGGGACGUCCUAAUUGCACAUUUUGUGCUCUAUGGGGUGAGCCAGUCCGGGAAGACGAAGAAAGAUUUUGAGAAGCAGUGGCUCACCAUUGCCGCCAUCAAAGACGCCAUCUGGAUCUCCAGAAACUUUCUACAACUAUCAAAGCUUCAUGCGGCAAGCCAAGGACACAGCCACCAAGAACAGUCGUCUGUGCCCACCCGGAGGAGGGAACCGGAGCUGCACGGAAAAGGUCUAGGCAGCGAUGACCAGGCUCUACGGGAGAGGCAGUUGGGAAGGAGUGAGAACGCUGGCGACCGUUGCUGGGCACCAUGGCAGGAUCCUGGACCACGCUGUUUGGGAGUUCAACCUUUUUGUUUGUUUUUUCUUUCAGUGCUUCACACGCUCAAGUUUUUCAAAACUGCAUCGUCUCAAAUUCCAAACAUCCCAGACUACUUUGAGGUCGGUUAUGUUGACGGCGUUCCGAUUUUGCACUACGACAGCAAGAGCAGGAAAGCAAAACCCAAACAGGACUGGAUGAAAAAAAUCACAGCAGAUGAUCCUCACUACUGGGAGAGACUGACACAGAUCGGUAUUGGUGGUGAGCAGGUCUACAAAGUCAACAUCGAAACUGCCAAAGAGCGCUUCAACCAAACUGGAGGUGUUCACAUGUUCCAGCGGAUGUUGGGCUGCGAAUGGGACGACGAGACCGAUGAGGUUGUUGGUUGGCGACACUACAGUUACAAUGGAGAAGACUUCAUCUCGUUGGAGGUGAAGACAAUGAGAUGGAUCGCAGCUCACCCACAAGCUUUCGUCACCAAACUCAAGUGGGACAGUUACGAACUUUGGAAUCUAAACCAGAAGCACUACUUCACUGAGAUUUGUCCUUCUGACUUGAAGAAGCAUUUGACCAAUGGGAGGGACUUCCUGAUGAGAACAGAGCUUCCCACGGUGUCUCUCCUGCAGAAGACGCCGUCCUCUCCGGUCACCUGCCACGCGACGGGUUUCUACCCCAGCGUGGCCGCCCUGUUUUGGAGGAAGGAUGGCGAGGAGCUCCACGAGGACGCGGAGACGGGAGAGACCCUCCGCAACCACGACGGAACCUUCCAGAUGACGGCCGACCUGAAAGCGGAGGUGACCGAUGAAGCCGAGGGCCGCUACGAAUGCGUGUUCCAGCUGUCCGGCGUGGCGGACGACAUCGUCGUCAAGCUGGAGAGAAGAAGCAUCCGGAGCAACGCGCCCAUCCGAGGUGACCGACGCUCAGAUC